CGGAUUUGAGAUUCUUAAAUCCAGCUGCUAAUUCUGGGCCUAUGCCAACGCCACGACCAGCAUGGACACGUUCGGAAAACAAAUGAAGGAAAGCAGAAGCAGAAUCACUCCUACACCACACGCGUGGCAGGAAGACAAAUUUGAGAUUCCGAAUUCCGAAACCCGAAUUGCAAGCUCCACGCUCGCCUCAGACACGAGGUCGUACGAAUGAAUGUACUAGAGAGAUGAUGCUCGAGACACGCUUCGGGUCGAUGAUGGCCCUUGGGAUGCACAAGAGUCCUUGCGGGUCGAAAUUGUCCCGACUCGGAACUCCGCAUUCCGCCACUCGCCGCCCGUGAAAGAGAUUCUGUCGAAAGAUCCUGUAAAUAUGCCUCGAAACGCACGAGGUGUGAAUGUGCGGCACGCGGGGAUGUAGGGUUUGUGACAGAGCGGGUGGGAGAGAAUGUGGAGGCAGAGAGCAAAAUUGCUGGAAGCCGGAUUGGGUCGCUGCGUUGCCGAUGGGUUUAGGGGAGUCGGAGGGAGUGCUGGAAUUGGCGUCAGCUGUGGGAGAGGGUGUUUUGGAUUAGGACCAGAACUAGGACGAGAAGGAGGAGGAGGAGCAUUUCGAGUGAGACUCCACAGAGCAAAGCACUGCGUAGCUCUUUGGGGCAAUGGCGAUCACGGACGCCUGGGGCUGUCGUCGGCGUCGUCGUCGAAUGCCGCGUCUCGAUGGGAACCCACGGUGUGCGAGUCUUUGGCAGAGCUCGAGCCCAUCGCCGUCGCGUGUGGUGGUGCCCACACGCUGGUGCUCACCGACGAGGGCAGAGUGCUUGCCACGGGCUUGAACGACCACGGACAAUUAGGGGCGGAGCAAUUGGACACACACCAAUCGCAAUUCGUCGAGGUGGUGCGAGGGCUUCCGAGUCGCUGCGUGCACAUCGCAGCAGGAUACAACCACUCGGGCGCCAUAACCGAUGACGGCGCCGUGUACGUCUGGGGCAGCAAUGCCCACGGCCAACUCGGCCUCGGCAAGAAGGCGGAGAAACUGGUGCACGAUCCCACGAGGGUCGAAGCUCUCCGAGGCAUCCGAGUGAAGAAGCUCGCUCUGGGAGCCGAACAUUCUCUCGCCUUGUCCGAGGACGGCGACGUUCUGAGCUGGGGCAAUGGGAGCAGCGGACGACUCGGCCACGGCCGGCAAUCUGGCCCUCUUCGAUUUUUCGGAAACUCCACCGAAUUCCUCCCGAGGCUGGUCGAUUUUUUCCGUGAAAUUCGAAUUCACGACAUUGCGGCCGGACUCAUGCAUUCCGCGUGCGUCGAUUUCUACGGAGUCGUCUACACUUUCGGGAACGGGCGAAUGUGUCAAUUGGGCAAUGGCAGUUCCAGAGGAGACAUACCCGAGCCCGGUGCUCUGGCUCUCCCAGCCGCUCGACAGGUCGCUUGUGGUGGCUAUCACACGGGAGCUGUGACCAGGCUCGGAGAUUUGUACAUGUGCGGAUCGAACGAGAACGGGUGCCUCGGAUUUGGGUACAAGCACACGGAUCCCGCUCGAUUCCCCAUGAAAGUCGAAGGACCUUUAACUACGCAGAACGUUCUGGAGGUGGCAUGUGGCUGGAAACAUUCCUGUGCUCUCACGGACAAGGGUCAAUUGUUCGCGUGGGGUUGGGGAGGCGCCGAAGGCUCUUACUCAUCGGAUGGUCGCUCAGGCGGAGGGCAGCUAGGCCUCGGCAAUGAAUUCGAUUUCAAUGAACCAACCCUCGUACCGGUGAAGAGCAUGAAAGGAGUACAAGUUUCUUGCGGGUUCAAUCACACCGCCGCCAUAUUCAAAGAGUGCUAGACAAGGGGCUGGCGGCCAGGAACACUUCACACGUCGAUUCUUCCGUUUGUUGUUUCAGAAAUUUGGAAACAUAUGCCACAAUAGAGAUGAAGAUCAAGUCAAUUUUACUAUACUGAGGUACCGGGCCAAAUAAACUAGCCCUUUGUCUAUCCAUGCUUUGUGUUGAUGCGUGAUGUCAAGUCUUUCCAAACAUUUAAGAUUUAGAUUGCUGCUUCUUUUUACACACAGGAAAGCGAUCAGCUAUUCAACCGCUGCUGUGACGGGAAACAACAACAGUUCAUCAUAUGAUAAAAAAACCCAGCAUUUUUACGGAA